AUGAAGAAAAAGAAGAAAAUAGAAAGACGUUUCUUAAAAAAUCUGUCUGUUCAUUAUUAUUAUUCAUCUAUCUAUCUAUCUAUCUAUCUAUCUAUCUGUCUGUCCAUCCGUCACUUCUGUGUAUAUGAUAUGAAAGUCUGUAUAUUCGAUGCCCCUCUGUCUGUAUAUAUGUAUGUCUUAUUCAAGGCCGUUCGAAUCUGCUUUUCUUAUAUCAUAUCAUAUAUAUAUCUAUUCAUCUAUCUAUCUAUUAUAUUCACUAUUCAUUCUAUCAUUCAUCUAUCUAUCUAUCUAUCUAUCUAUCUAUUAUAUUCACUAUCGGAUCUAUCUAUCUAUCAUUAUUCAUCUAUCUAUCUAUCUAUCUGUCUGUCCAUCCGUCACCCACUGCCCCCUGUCUGUAUAUAUGUAUGUCUUAUUCAAGGCCGUUCAUAUCUGCUUUAUAUAUAUAUAUAUCAUAUCAUAUCUAUCUAUCUAUUCAUCUAUCUAUCUAUCUAUCAUCUAUCUAUCUAUCUAUCCGCCCUGUCUAAGACUGCUAUUUUUGGCAAAAAUAAAAAUCUAUCUAUCUAUCUAUCUAUCUAUCUAUCUAUCUAUCUAUCUAAGCCUGUUCAUUAUCUAUCUCGAUUCGUAUCUAUCUCAAUUGAUUCGUAUCUAUCUAUCUAUCUAUCUAUCUAUCUAUCUAAGCCUGUUCAUUAUCUAUCUAUAUAUUAUAAUUAUAUCUAUCUAUCUAUCUAUCUAUCUAUCUAUCUACAUAUAAAUGUAUUUCUUAUAUUUAUCUCUCACGUCAUAUCUAUCUAUCUAUCUAUUCAUCUAUCUAUCUAUUCAUUCAUCUAUCUAUCUUCAUCUAUCCAUCUAUUAUUUCAUCUAUGUAUUUAUAUAUAUUCAUCUAUUAUGUCAUUUAUAUAUCUAUUCAUCUAUUAUCCAUUCAUUAUCUUCAUCUAUCUAUCAUCCAUUAAUUCAUCUAUCUAUCUAUUCUUAUUAUCUAUCUAUCUCCAUCUAACUAUUCAUCUAUGUGUAUUCAUUCAUUCAUUCAUCUAUCUAUCUAUCUAUCUAUCUAUUAAUUCAUUAUGUAUAUAUCUAUCUCCAUCUAUUGUUUCAUUAUUCUAUCUCUAUCUAUCUAUCUAUCUAUCAUCUAUCCAUCUAUUCAUCUAUUCAUUCAUCUAUAUUCAUCUCUGUCUGUCUAUCUAUCUAUCUAUCUAUUAA